AAGUGCAUCGCUAGACGCAGCACAGAGUAGUGGUAAAUUCCUGAAUACAUUUACUUGCCUAUGACUGAAGGAGGAACACACUUAAAACACAUAUGUAAUUUAUGAACGAUGUCACCACGAGUGGUCACUUUCAUCCUACUUAUUAACGGUAUAUAUUCAGCCCCUCUUAAAUGCCCAGCCAAUGAAGCAGAAUGGGUUGAAAGAUCCAAAAUAUUCUCCUGUCAGGGAGAAGAUGUUUACCAUUGCUUCCUUAUGGAGGACGAAUUAUCAAGAAAAGAAAAAUGCAUAGAAAAGACUACGCUAGUGGCAGGAUUCUGUCCAGCAUUCACAAACACAGGAUACAUAUUCUGGAAAGCUUGCAAUAUCACAGGCUGUCCAAAUAGUACCUACCACAGUGAUCAGGUCUACAAAUAUCCUGUAUGCUAUGGUUCUAUUGAUGAUACAAGCAAUAUACAAUCAAGACUGGGGGAAAACAAAAGUAGUCUAAAGCUUGGACUGGGACUUGCUCUGGGAAUUGGACUAUCGGCACUCAUAUUCAUCAUCGUAAUAAUCGUCAUCGCCAAAUGGAGGCGUACAUGCAGUAACGUAGAAGAGAAUAAUGAGCUGAUUAAUUAUACUGCAGAUAUUGAAGAAGAUGAAGAAACAAAUGAAUUUGUUGCCGGUGGAGUUAAUGUCCUAACCUCAAAAAAUCUGCUCUGCCUUUUCGGAAAACUUGGUAACUCCUUAUCUACAACUGGAAAAGAUAUUGUAAAAGCAUUUGCGCAGACACACAACAUUGAUCCCUAUUAUUACAAUUACCUGGAUAUUCCUAAUGAUUUUCCUCCAGAGACUGUAAAUUUUAUAGAUGGUUGGUGUGGAUUGUGGAAUACCAAUCCUAGCGAGAUGCAGAUUACAAUAAAGAACCUUGAACAAAUAAUUUCUUGCUGCGAAACUGUUCCUUUCAAUAUCAAAUUUGUUCUAGGAAUUCGAACUGAGAUAAAGGAAGAUCUUGAGAAUCACAAAAUUAAUUUUAAUGAUAAUGAAACAUUAUUACUUGAUACCUUCUCAAAAUUUAGACAGAGAAAGGUUGCCCAGAAACUUGAAUCGAUAAAGGCCAAUUGUUGUAAUAAUACAUGUAAAUGUAAGUCUCUAGCACUUAGAAAUAUUGAAAAUAUAUCCUGCAAGCAUACAGGGAUUCCUUUGAUUGUUAAUUUGAUGGAUAUUGACCACAGCAUGAUAGAACAAUUCCUAAUCAAGGACACAAGCCCCUUAAAAGCAAUGAAAAAACACAUUCAUGAUAUAAAAUCCAACGAUACAGAGCUCUUCCAAUGUCUUCUAUACCUUGUAAAUAACGGAUAUUACGACCAACACGAUUUCAAAGAAGAAGUUGCUCGUGAGUUUAAUGUAGCGCAAACUUGUUUUGAAAACAACAAAAAGGUACAGAAAUACACUAAAUCUAUUAAAAAAUCUGAACUUACUCCAAUGUGGGCGGCAAACAUAAGUAACGGCAAUGUUGCAAAAAAUGUUGAAGGCGCUUCUUGCCAAACAGUCCGUGUAUUUUGGCAUAAUUUUCUGUAUAUAUGCGCAUUUCAUGUGUGCUUUGAUGCACACCCUGAAAAAAUGAUACGAUUUUGCAAUAUGGAUGCAUUACUUCAGCUGCUUCGGCCUACGACAUCGAAACAAGAACCAUUCACUGUAGCAGUAAACACGGCAUUGAUCAAAAUUUUCUGUGAAAGAAUUCAAGGUACCCCAUUAGAGGAAAAAUUGUCUGAACAUCCGUUGAUGAUGUCCCCGAAAUGGAAAAGGACUAGGGAAAAAAGAAGUGCUAUUAGAAAAACAGCUAUUUUUUAAUUGAAUUAUGACUAUUAUACCCCCGCUCCGAAGGAGAGGGGGUCUAUUGUUUUACCAUUGUGUGUCUGUCUGUCUGUCUGUCCGUCCGUCCGUCUGUCUAGCUGUCUAUGUGUCUGUCCGUAACAAAUUUUGGUCGCAGUUUUCUCAGCAAUUACUCAUCGCAGAUGCUUGAAAUUUGGGCACACUCUUUGUUUAGGCAUGUCAUACGGUGGGAUUCAUUUUUGUACGAAGCCGAUGUCAACUUCCUGUUUAUCCGUGCAUCUGCCAGUACCAUACAUAACAAAUUUUGGUCGCAGUUUUCUCGGCAACUACUCAUCACAGAUGCUUGAAAUUUUAGCACACCCUUUGUUUAAGGAUGCCAUAUGUUGGGAUUCAAUUUUGUAAUGAUCCAAUGUCCACUUCCUGAUUAUCACUGUGUCUGUCUAUAACUGAACUUGUAUAUUCACAUCAGAGCUGGGGUACAUGUAUUAUUAGUGAGCAUUGGCUCACAGACGUCUUGUUAUUAUAUAUUGUAAUUGAGGUCAUCAAUUGUUUUGUUACCAUCUUUCGACGGACUGGCUAAAACUGGUCAGACAAAAAAAAAUAUACUUCCAUAAUGUAUUCCGGAAAAUAAAUUUUGAAAAUGGA